AUGAUACAGAGUAUUAUUUAUGAAUUUAGAGAUCAACAUAAAUGGGCAUCUUAUGAUAAUAAAAUAUUAGAUAACGACACACGUAAUAUUUUCAAUGAAGUAUAUAAGUUUAAUAAGGAUAGUGAAGAUCUAAUGGACUUACUUGAUAAAAUUUCCGAUAGAAUUGAAAAAUCUUGGAUACCAUUUAAUGAACUUUUAAAAUCUCCUGAUAAUGUAAGUUAUUCAGAGUUAGAAAAACAUUUUAAGGUUGUAUUAUCAGGUGGUGCAGGUAGUCUUGUAGAAUCUAUGAUAGAAAUAGAAAAGAUAGCAAUAAAAACAUACGAUACACUCUAUUCAAUGGAUCGACUAAUAGAGGAUACUGAAUCUCAUUUUUGUGGUAACUAUCCUAUAUUACGUCAACAACAUGUUAUUCAAUUUUUCGAUGUUGUUUCAAAUAAAGCAUUCAAGGCUUAUAACUUCAUAAUAUCAGCAGAUAAAUUUAUGGAAAGACGUGGAAAAGUAAGUUCUUUUUAUGAAACCUACCUAUUAGUAAAUAGAGCAAGAUUUUCGUUACAAUAUUCUGUUGAGUUCGCACGUCAUAUAAUACACCAUGUAUCAAGAAAUAUAAGGUCAUGUAACAGGGAUGCUGAUAUUAAAGAUAAAACAUAUGUUGAAUUAACUGGACCAUCACAAGGUUUUAUAUUUGAUUCAUUAGCAGUUCUUCAAGGAAUUAGUUGUAAAGCAUUCAAUGGUAAAUAUGAUCAUUGUAAACCUAAUGAUCCAUUAUGUUUGUCGCAUACUUGCUCAGCAGAUGGUGGAGUUCUUAAAAAUUGUGAACAAAUCAGUAAAAAGUCUAUGGCUUUAUGUCUAUCAGAAGAUCCAUCAAAACGUUAUUUAUCAGCUGUAAGUGAUUUAAAAAUAUAUGGAAAUCAAUCAGCAGCUAAACAUUGUCCACUAAAUUAUAUGAGGAGACAAAAGAAAUGGAAAAUGGUACGUCCCGUAGGCCUUAGUGAACUAAAUCUUAUACCAAAUGAAUUUUGUUAUUGCAAUUGUGAAAGAAAAAAAUGGAAGCAAGGUGAUGUUCGAUCAAUAUCUUUCAAUUGGGCUUUAGCUGAUACUGAAUCAAACAGGGUCAUUACUAAUUUGCGAUUUGAAGAAAAAAAUGGUAUGAUUUCAUUGGUUCCACAAACUGGUGUUCUUUUGCCUGGUGGAUUGAUUGAUCAAAAAACAGUUGAGUGGACUAGAACUUAUAGUCCAGAACCUGUUUUUAAAAAUGAUAAUUUAGUGGCAUAUUAUCAUCGAUUUCAAGAAGGAAAGGAAUCGAGCACAAGUUAUAUGGAAGUUGAUCAUGAUUUUAUGUAUAUAUCAAGUGGUUUAUCAAUAAACCUUGAUGAUAUAACUGUUCCAAGAAGCCAUGUUAUUGUCGGCGUUCGAUUAAAUAAGGCUGAAUCACGUGGAAAUGUAAAUGAUAAAGGCAUUGAAUUAUCUGUUAAGUCGAUGCAGUUUGAUCCUAACAGUGGUGAAUUAUCUAGAACAAGAAAACUUCAUAUUGGUGCAACAGAUUUUAUGCUAAAUCAAUUUCAACACGCAAAAAGACAAGUCAUAAAUCUUGGUGACCCAAAUACACCAAUAUCAAAGCCAAGUAAAAAUACUGAUAUUUCAGUACCUUAUCAACGAGUUGAAUUUCGACAAACUAAUAAAAAUGAUGAUCUUGGACAAUCAUUUGUUCCAUUUAUUGAUAUAAGAGGAGCCAAAACAAAUGUAGCAAUGCCACUUUCAACAAUUAGUCUUUAUCACAGAGGCUGUGCUGAAUCUGGUGGUUUUAUUGCAUUGAAAUUUCAAUCAUUAGAUAUUGCAGAUUAUUUUGAACGAGUUAUUAAUAAUAACUUGUCUCGAUAUAUUUGAAGAAAAAAAAAUAGUUUACUU